AAACUUUGAUUGUGAAAUGAUUUGGCAAAGUGCGCUUUAUUAAAAAAUUAGAGCAACAUUUGGAUCAGGAACUUUGAGUGAACUAGUACGAACUAUGUUUCUUCGAAACUGCUUGGUUGUGUUGUGUGUGACGAGUGUCCUUGGCGAAGGAUAUGAUGGAUUUAAAAUCUACGACGUGGUAGCAUCCAAUCCAAGGCAAGGAAAUUUACUUUUUCAGCUAUCCCAACAAGAAGACUAUGAUUUCUUCAUUUUGCCUAGACUUCUGAAUCAGACCUCUAGAGUCAUGGUACCGCCUUUUAGGCAAACGAAGUUCUUACAUCUUCUUGGCAAUUAUGGAAUGGAUUACAAUAUUGUGAAUGAAAAUGUUGGAAAAACCAUUAAAGAACAAUUCAUUGCGAAUCGAAGGCCUCGAGUCUACUCACCGAAACUUGGAACUGAUCGCUACUAUUCUCAUGACGAAAUCAACAAUUACAUUGACCAUCUAGCUAAGGAGUAUCCGAGCAGAGUUUUUAUCAAAAGAGUUGGCAAAACCUACGAGAACCGCACAAUGAAGACCAUUACGAUCACCAAUGGAGAUGGACGGCCAGAUAAGAAGAUCAUCUUUAUCGACGGUGGAUUCCAUGCUCGUGAAUGGAUCUCCCCGGCGGCUGUGCUUUAUGUGAUCGAGCAGCUAACUGAGAACUAUGAAGAAAACCGAGAACUUUUGGAAAACUACAAUUGGGUUAUCCUUCCAGUGGUUAAUGCUGAUGGUUAUGAGUACACUCGGCAAUCAACCAGUAAUCGUAUGUGGCGUAAGACCAGGACUCCAUACAAGGGAUCAUUGAAUCGGAAUUGUCAUGGUGCCGAUCCAAACAGGAAUUUCGACUUCCACUGGAUGGAGGAAGGUGCUUCUUCGAGUGCUUGCUCGGAAACUUUUGCCGGUCCAAAAGCAUUUUCAGAACCAGAAACUGGAGUUAUGAGGGAUUUGUUGAUAUCGAUUAAGGAUCGUUGUAAAUUUUACCUUACUCUUCAUUCUUAUGGAAAAUACUUGUUAUACCCUUGGGGAUGGACUUCUGCUCUUCCUGAUACAUGGAAGGAUUUAGAUGAAGUAGCUAUGGCAGGAUAUAAUGCAAUACUUAAAGAAACUGGUACCAUUUACACGGUGGGAUCUUCAACUAAUGUUUUGUAUAUAGCUGCUGGAGCAAGUGAUGAUUAUGCAUUUGGAGCUACAAAUAUUCCAAUCGCCAUUACAAUGGAAUUACCAGCUGGUGGUACGACAGGAUUUGAUCCACCAGCAUCGAGUAUCGAUGAAUAUGUUAAGGAGACAUGGGUUGGCAUCAAGGCUAUGGGUUUGACUGUCAUUCAAAAGUACUAGAGGUUGUUCUAGUGCUGUUUUUAUUGUUUUGUUGGUUUUAAUAAAAUAAUGUUGAAUUUUGUUGUUUUGAAA